AUGGCAAGGGGAACCAUGACACUGGAGCUGACUACAAUGCUGCUCCUGAUACUGACCACAAAAACACAAAAGUCCAGGAUCCCAUCAAUUAUCCAGGAACGGGAUCUAAUUUGCCUCACCGACAGUGCCUUGCGCAUUCUAUCAGCUGAUGCAGACGUCUAUGUAGCUUCCAUCGAUGAGAAAAUCGUAGUCAAGAUUGGUCCAAGGCUUGACAUUGGCAAGCUAGUGCCUCCAGCCUUCGAAAUUGCGACUUCUGGAAAGGAUUACUCCAUGUGGGAGAAAAAUGAAUGA